AUGCAUUCGUCGUUGGAGGAAACCGAGAAUUCGACCGUUUUGAAGAACGACUUCGGACUGUCGAAACACGAUCUCAGCCACUUCAACGGCCUCGGGGCUUCGGUCUCGGGCCUGGACCAGUUUCAGCUCCAGCCCUGCCAGGAACAGGACCAGAACGCCAUGCCUACCUCGCGAGGUAUGUCGCAAGACACUGGUGAGCACAUUUUAUUUUUAUAUUUUUUAAAUUUUAAAGUUUCUACCAAAAUUUCGAAAAUUUCAGAAACUUUACAAACCUUUGGAAGAAUUUUGAAUUUUUUAAAAAUAAUUUUUGGCUUACUGUAACAUUCAAGGAGAUGGUAGUUUACUAUAUAAGCAUAGAGGCUUCACAUUUUACUAAAACUUUUAUUUGAGAGAACGUAGAUUCUGGGUGUGUCUCAUGCAUACAUCAUUAUAACAUCUAUAGUAUUCUGUGGCCAUAUCUUGUCCCAUAGUUUCAUAUAGUGUCAGUAACUUGUAUGCGAAUGACAAUUGCUUGUACCAGCCGGCUGGGGGUUCUCCAUUAAAGUCGUUUAACAGAGUUUUUGAAAUGUUCGGACGCCUUUUAAGAAGGUUAUUCCAACUUCGGAAGCUGACGACAACUUUAAAGCGAACGAUAGAGGUUAAUGUAAUGGGGAUGUAUAUGGCCUCGAAGCGACAAAGAAUCGCUGGGAAAGUCGUGACCACCUUGUUUAACGGGUUUUUCGUUUAAAAACUUUGCGGCUUCGAAUCUAGGGCAACAUGUGAGAUGACCAAUCACUUCGGUCGAUUUUACGUUUAAAUUGAAAGGAAGCUUAAGGUAAGGUAGAUAAUGUAAGAUAAGACAGAAGACGUAGCAGUGGACACAAAAUUAGAAAAUGGCUAUUUUUUUCGACCAGUAAUUAUCAAAUUAUUUCUGGUCAGUUCACUUGUCUACACUAUAUUAACCUUGUACUGUUUCGACAAACCAUUAAAGAAACUUGUCAAAAGUCGUUGGACCAGCGAAAAUGACUUUAAAAUUCCGAGGACUUUUGAAUCUGGCCAACCUUUGUGGCCAAGCCAAAACAAACGUACAGUAACACGCUCAAUAAUUGUUAUUGCGGCGCGAUUGUUUUCUUUGUUAAUUGCACACAAAAACUACAGUAACCCCACCUGCCAUCCCGAACCGACGCUCACUCUCGAUCACUUUGUUUUUGUAAUUGAGAGGGCUUAAUUAAGAAUGUUGCGUAACAAGAGGCUAGCCAAAUGGAGUCCAACUGAGAACUGACGGAUCGAGAGUGCCACUUGUUGCCUUCUAUCGGUUUGCGAUGUCACCUCAUUAAAGUCAUAUCAAGCAAUAUUAAUAUUGACUUGACCAUUAAACCAAAGAGACAAUAUUAUUACUUACUCCUUUCCGAACGAUUACUGUAAAACCUGUUGGGCUACUGUAGAGAUAGCAUCAGCAAGUGAAUAUCAGAUCUUGUUCUUGCUGUCAAGGUUCUCGCGUCGUCUUCACCUUGUUUUAAACAAUAAUUAUGUAUGCAUGAGAGAGCUUCAUUUCGUAUCUCAAGGGACCCUUAUUGAGACAAUUCAAAAUUUGAAGAUUAAAGUCAGAUUAAACGGGUUUAACAACAAAAAACUACUACUAAAACAACAAAACUCCCAAUUAUAUUGCAAAUUACUUUGACAAAACAGCAUUUAUAAAAGAUUUUAGGUAACAAUUAUUAAAGUUUAGCAUUAAAAAAGCCAUAAGCCUUAAUAAUUAUUUAAAAAUUUAUUUUAUAAAGCUAUGACACCUUCAGUUCUUAUUUUAGCCACAGUAAAACUGAACAGUAAAAAAUAAAAAUAUAUAUUACCUUUGCUUUUAGGACACACGGGAGUGAACCAGCUUGGCGGAGAGUUCGUAAACGGUCGACCACUUCCAGAUCGCACCAGAAAGAUGAUAGUAGACCUGGCUGUAAAGGGCAUGAGGCCAUGUGACAUCUCAAGACAGCUACGGGUCUCCAAUGGGUAAUAUUUUACACCUUUUUUUGUUUUCUUACACGGUGGCAUAAGGGGUGUACUUACUACUUAGCAACAACAUUUUAUACAAAUUAUUUAUUUUCUUAAUUUUUUGUCAAAAAGGUGAUUCGUUUUGACUGACGAAGUGUCACAAAAAUGAAUAUUGAUUAGUUUCGGUCGGCAUUUUUUCGAAAUUGUGUUUAAAAGUCAAUCUUUACCUAAAAACCAAAAAACGGUUCAAAAUUUAAGUUUUUAAUCGAUUAAAUGUUUUGUUAUUCGAAGAACUCAACCUAUUGGAAGCCCGAGAACACUUUAUUGACCUUUCACGACAAAACCUAACAUAAUGUAAUUCUGGAAUAACUUAUUUUAUUCAGAUGUGUGUCCAAAAUCUUGUGUCGAUACUACGAAUGUGGGUCGAUAAAGCCGCGAGCGAUUGGAGGGUCAAAGCCGCGAGUGGCGACAGCUGAAGUGUGCAACAAGAUCGAGCAGUACAAACGAGAACAACCAUCGAUCUUUGCAUGGGAGAUCAGGGACAAACUGAUGAGCGAUGGAGUUUGUACUGACGAUUCUAUUCCAAGUGUAAGUUGUCGAUUUAAUUUUGAUCCGAAAGUUUAUAGAAGUUUAAAAAGAAGGAAAUUCGACCAUUUUUCUUUGAUUUAGAGCGUUUUAAUGAGGGUUUGAAAUUUUUUAAAAAUUAUUUUUCAAAAUUAUUUUAGAAGUAUUUUUUCGGUCAAAAAGUGUUUAGAAUGGGUAAUCACUGAUCUUCAAAUUAACAAAUGAUUAUCAGAGAAAAACGUAUCGACAACACAUUAACAUUGUCGAACGUCAUCUCGAGGGGCCUUUGACACGAUUUGGUUCCUAAUUACGUUAACUUUUUUACUUCUGGAAUUAGCGACAACGCGGGAAGAGGGUGUAUAUUACCAUAACAACAUAACCGGCUAUAUUGUUGUAGGUCUCGUCCAUCAACCGAGUGCUGCGGAAUCUGGCGUCGCGGAAGGAGCAGCAAGUUCAGCAGGACUACCUUCGAGGCGCCUUCAGGUAAGACAUAUUAUCCUUCAAUCAUCGAAUUAUCACAAAUAAUUAAAUUUGGGCGGUUAAUGCGAUAAAGUCAGCGAUCAGAGCGAAAGAAAGUAGGUGGUCCCUUGGCGGGGCCCUAAUGCGAUUUAAAUGCGGCAUUCAUUUAAUUUGGUGAGGUUCAUAUAUAAACCGAGGAUCCGCGCGGGCACGGCUACUGACAUUACACUUCCAGGUACAGCGUGCAAUGGUGCCCGACAUGGCCGAUGCAGAUGCCCGGCUCGAUGCCCUUGAACAACUUUGCGUUGCCGAACAUGGCGAUGGACCCGAAGAAGGAGCCAGGUAGGCUAACUCAUUCUUUUGUCUAAAUUAUGAUUAGUUUACUGCACUUUACAAAUUUCAUUUUUGCUGUCAGAAUUUGACAUAUUUUAGCUUUUUAAGCUUAAUAUGUUGAUUUUCCUUGCCUAACUGCUAUAAUAUUUGAAAUAUUAUUCUUUUAACCGCCCGUGACACUCUCAACGUGCUAUGGGAUCGCUAAUUCCACGUUACAAAACAUACGAAACCUACGCCUUAAUUAGUUUCGCAAACCGUAUUCAAAUACAAACCAGUGUAAUUGCAAAUGUAACCAUAGAGAUACGCAAGUACAAGUGUCGUAUAACCCACCCGGCUUAGUUAUGACAUUUGUAUGACAUAAGACCAACCUACAAGUACAACACAUUCAUAGAUGUUACAUCCUCAAUUGUUCUAUGUUAACUUACACUGUUUGGCAAUUAUAGGCUUUAGAUACACAGGAUUGAGUAUUCUAGGUUAUUCUAAGGUUGUGUUGGGCUGGGAAUUACGGUAUGUUGAGAUAAUUUAAGACUUCGUAUAUUAGGCUAAAUGGAAUAUUGAUGUUUAAAACUCGAUUUUGUGAAGCUCUUACAGUCAACAUCGUAUAUUAGGCUUGCAUUUUACUCGUACCUUAACACUUACCCAAAGCUUGGUAUAUGCCCUACAAUUACACCUUCCCCUUCCAAGAUUCCGUGUUACAUCUUUGGUGUGGAGGAAUGAUCGACACCCGUUUGACUGUGCUGCUGACAGUCAUGAUGACUCCCCACGGCGCCUUUAUUCUGAUGUCCAUCGAGUUGAAGGUCGCUGCAAUCAUACACCGCUUCAAACUCAAUUCAGGCCAACACGUCGCCACGUUUUUGGGUAUUAAAUUGGGUAUAAUUGAAGAGUUUGGUACAAGAAAUAGGUAUAGGUUAGUCCAGACUGUCGAGAGAGUUUCGGAAAGUGAAAACAUUUUAUUAUAGUCUACUAUAAUAUGUUAGUUGUGAAUUUUCGGGAGUUGAUACUGAUUGAUAUUGAAGUUUUGUUGAUGACUCAAUAUUACUUUUUCGAAAUUUUACGUCAAACUCUUACGUCUACAGUAUAAUGUUAACAACUCAAUAUUUGUUCAAUCACGUCAAAGUAAAGUCAUAAGCCCAUCUCUGAAUUCAUAUGUUUUGUCAUUUGAUUAUGUCUAUGAACUUUCUGAACAAUUGUUUGAAACACUACUUAUGUUAUAGUACCCGUAACCUAGUUAGCAUCCUCAUCACUGUAAACGAGCCACAGUAACCGCUGACAAAUGAGAGAUUCCAUUAGUUUGGGUUUCGCAACGUCGGGUUACUGUGUAGCAGUUCCUUCUCGCUUCCUUAAUCAACCUUUUUUUGCGGUUUCCGCCUCAGCAACUUGAUUUGCGGUUUCCUUAUAAAAACGUUUUCCUUCGAUGGAUGGUGAUCACGAGAAUACCGUUAACACCGAGGGGAGGCGCCUGGAUUUUCAUUAACAUCAGAGUGCAUCCGAAGGCGGUGAUUCUGAUGGCGGUUUCUGUCUGUUUUCAUCAACAACACCGUCCAAAACAACCUUUUCGAAAUACAAAACGGUCUGGACUAGGGGAGAGGUCAGGUCGAAUUAGUGUUAGAUGGUGGAGAAGAAUAUGAUAAUGAGUAUUAAUGGGGGCUGCCUGCCACUUGUGGCGUCGGCUCCAGUUUGCCACGGUUUCAGUUACGGUAUUUGGGGAUGGGCGCUUUGAAAUUCGGAAUACUCGUGUUUCGGUUACAAAAGUUCUUGGACAGUUUUAACAACAAGAAAGAAUUAAACUUUGAAUAUUACGGGUAUCAACGGUUUUAAUUACGACAGGGCGGAUUUUAAUUUCUAUUACAGUCUACACGAUGAAUUUGUACAAACUCCGGGAAGUAAGGCUAAAACAAUGACAAUUACCUAAUUUCAUAAAGCGCAAAUUGUCCGAGCACUUUUGAAACUUAUGCUGUCUUGUUUGUCGCGACAUAAAUAUAGUAAAAUCAUAUCGAGACAUCUGCAGAAAUGGACACAUUUCACCAUAUGAACACGGUGAUUUCGCAGAAUCACUCGCCUAUUAACAGUAGCAAUUCGCCUUCUAAACGUCACGCUAAUCAUGGAAGUCCUGGCUACAGUCUGGCUUCGUUGAAUCCACGAGGAAAGAUUAUAAAAUACGGUACGGUAGUGUCAUCAGCUCUUCAUUAUGAUGAACUUUAUUUUUCAAGUCUUAAAGUCUACUUUUACCGUAUUAUACCUUCAAAGGUACUACAGUAUACGAGUAUGGUCUUUAUGAAAUGUCUCACUUAAGGCACCUUUUACCUCAACUCAUAGAGGGUUACGGUAGAGGUGUUAAAGUGAUAUGUCGAGGAUGAUUUAUUACUUUCCAAGAGCGUUGAACAGCAGUUUUCGGUCGUUAAGGUUGUCGGAAGGGCGAGGACGAGGCAGCGGGCGGAAGGUGUGGUGGCAUGGAAAGAGCGAUAACAGAGAUCUGAGCGGAGAUAACCGUCGCGCAGGUUGUAAGACCUCGCGAUCGAAUGUUUCUGUAUGUGUCUGGAGGCCGGGAACGGCUAGUUAAUUACCUUCCCCUGUCUAAUUAAUUAGUCUAACAGUUCUGCGGUCUGUUAACCUACUGUACUUCAGAAGACGACCACAAACCGCCCAUGGAUCCAGAAGAAGAAGCGUCACGGAGAAUGUGCCUUAAGAGGAAGCUACAACGUAACAGAACGUCCUUCACUCAGGAACAGAUCGAGAAUCUGGAGAGAGGUAAGACAUCUUUAGAGUACCGUGUUUGUUGACUACUUUAAUAUUAUGAUGAACAUGUAUAAUAUAAAACACUUUCAGAGUUUGAAAACAGCCACUACCCAGAUGUAUAUACUCGCGAGAACCUGGCCCAACGAAUCCACCUUCCAGAAGCACGUAUUCAAGUAAGUCUUAUUAUAAAAUUUUAAAUUUGUCGCGCAAAUUUAACUUUUGUCGCCGACUACAUUUUCGCUUGUUAUCACUACUACUAUCACUCUCGCUUGGCUGCACUCGUCGACUAAUUCGAAUCUUGUUUCCAGGUUUGGUUUUCGAAUCGACGGGCCAAAUAUCGUCGCGAGGAGAAGAUGCGGAAGCAGAAGAACGGGGAACUACCCCCCUCCAACAUGCAACAAACCGGCAAUGCCCCCACCCCCAGCAGCUCAGUGUCCUCGGCCUCGUCUGGCUCCUCGUUGGGCAGUGCCGGCGUCGGCGGAGUCAUGACUCCACCGUCGUCGACGGCCGCUCUGAAUGGAGCCAAUGGUACCAUCUCUGCCAUCGGAAACAUGAUCGGCAACAACAUCGACCCCCAGCACAAUCUGGCUACUGUGACGCAACCUAAUGAUCUGACUGAUCAGAAUGGAGCGACCAACGGAAUCACACGCUACAACCAGCCCAUGUCGGCCUCGACCUUCAUGCAGCCAAUGGGGUACGGGUUCACCAACCACAUGGAUCAGUACAAGUAAGGACAAUAUAUUACUGUAGUGGGGGGGGUAGGUCAAGUUCACAAAAGUGAUAUUCUUUCCAAGCGAUUAGAUACACAAGAUAUACUUUCAGCUUAAGUAUGCCUCCUCAAGACUUCAGCUCUUACCAGAUGUUCCAGUCGGCCAGAUACGAGUUUAAUGUAAGUUUAUAUUAAUAUAGACAUGAAUAUAUAAACGAUGUCAGAUAUUAACUUCUAAUUUAGGUACAACCACCCACGUCGUUCGCCAACACGAACCCGAUCGCGAACUCGGGGGUGCCUGGCGACUGUACCCGCAGCUGGUUCAACCCGCCCGGCCUGAGCCUGUCGGUGCUCGGCAUCGACAAUCAGACGCCCCAACUCCAAGACAUUUCGGAAUCUCAUCACGACCCCUCCCAGGCCUACUGGCGCCAGUAA